UUUGUUGUUUAACCUCAUUUAUUCCUAACAUAUGAUUCUGUCACAUACUGACACCCACAAUUGCAACUGAAAUAAGUUCAGGUCUUGAUUCUCUGUAUGUUAUUUUGUAAUUUUUUGGUUUAUUAGGCCUACCUCAUUUGUUCAGAACCUAACCGUAAAGUAGGCCUACCUUGUGUUCCUAUUGGUGGAGAGGUUCUAGAGCAGACACCACUGUGGUAUAGACAUAUUGUAUAUUUCCUGUUAUUUGAAGGCUCAGUUUAGUUGUGAUGUGAAGCUCAUGUUGUUUUAGCAAGAUGUCUGCACCCUCUCUGUGUUGUGCAAUCUUCCUCUGUCUCCUUUGCAGCACCCUGGCUGAGAAAGGGAACAAGGGACUGCUGGUCCGAAAGCAGGAGGGAGACACUAUGACCAUCCACUGCAGCACCUCUCUGCCAGACCAAGAAAACCUGAGUGUGUACAUGCGCCUGACAAAAGAGAUUCAAGUCCUCUACUUUCACCAGGAAACAGAAAAAUUUAUCCUCCACGAGAGGUUCAAACUCAGAUUGAUGACUAAUGGAAGACUCAACAAAAUGGACAUCACCAUCACAAACCUGACCAUAGAAGACUCUGGGUCCUACUGGUGUGUGUACAGUGUUUAUAAGAAAACCAAGCUUGAGAAGACUGAGGGGGAAGGAGCUGUUUUGCUGGUGGUGAAUGAUGAGGAGUGUAACCAGAAUGACGCGUCCUCAGGGCUAGGAAUGUCCUGGUAUAUGGUCCUGGUCUCAGCUGUCACUGCUGGCUCUGUGCUUCUCCUGAGUCUGCUCAUCCUCUUCAUCUGGGUCAUCCCCAGGUGUUUUCAUUCACAUAGUAGAGAAGUGACAGUAGUCCAGUUCGAUGGACAGCUAAUAAACGAGACACACACCUGCACAGGAUGAAGAUACGAUUGACGUUUUCCAGCAACAGACAGGAGGCCUCUACUAGCAUGUCAAGUACUCCCCCACAUCUUCCUACACCCCCCAGACGGCUGCUUUGCAGCUUGUCCCAUUUCCCACCACAGAACCAAUACCAUGCGGAAGAAGUCCUGCUCACAGUUAUACAUAACUGUUGAUCUAUAGUGUUUUCAUUCUUGCCUUUGUUUCCUUCCUGUUUUGUAAAUAAACAACCUCCGCUAAAACAACUCAGAUUUGAGUAACAUUCAUACAAGGUGUGCUGCGAAUGAACGCUGCAAGAUCCAGCUCUUAAAAAGUCCAUUGUUUUGGUGACUGGUUGGUUAUCACUUACUCAGAGAUCAAGAAAAGUUAUUUUCCACCCCGUUCACUGUUUGAGAAUAUGACUGGUUUGUUAUUCAACUUCAUUUUCUGUUUUCUGUUUCAGAAAAUGGGUUUUCUAUCUUUUUCUAUAUAGUAGUGGUUGUGUAGAAUGAAACAUGUCUUGGACAUAGUUUGACUAGGCCAUGCUUGUAAUAAGGAAACCCUGAAGAGAUGUUUUAGUGCAGGUAAACAUCUCUAUUGUCUCAUAAAUGUCUUGUUAAAAUAAAGUUAUUCUCU